AUGAUUCUAAAAGAAUAUGAUAUUCAGUAUACGACUCAAAAAGCCAUCAAGAAUAGUAUAGUUGUUGAUUACUUGGCUCAUCAACCUAUAGAGGAUUAUCAGCCGACGAAGUUUGAAUUUCUUGAUGAAGAUGUGUUAUUUCUCAAAGAUUAUUACAAUAGACAAUAUCCAGAUGAAGGCCCAGAACCAGGAUCGCGAUGGACGCUUGAGUUCGACGGUGCUUCAAAUGCUUUGGGAAAUGGUGUUGGAGUUCUCAUUACUUCUCCCACAAGUUUUCAUAUUCCCUUCACCGCCAUAAUCUGUUUUGAUUACACAAAUAACAUGGCUAAAUAUGAAGCUUGCAUCUACGAGAUUGAAGCAACUAUUGACUUGAGAAUCAAGUAUAUGAACAUAUACGGGGACUCGGUUCUGAUUAUCAGCCAAAUCAAUGGAAAGUGUGAAACAAGACCCCCAAAUUUGAUUCCGUACCGGGAGCAUGUAUUGAAGUUGAUUCUAUAUUUUGAGGAGAUCACAUUUGACCAUAUCAUGAGGGAAGAGAACCACUUAGCAGAUGCAUUGGCUACUAUGGCAUCCAUGUUUAAGGUUAAAUGGGUGAAUGAGGCCCCCUCAUCAACAUUAUGA